AUGCCCGGGAUACGCUGCCCAAGGUGCGACAGGAGGACGCUGACACUGCGGUGUCUGUUUCGACAUCUCCGUGCUCAACAUGGGCAUGAAAGUCCCAUCCCCUUCAACUGGGUCUGUGGACUGGGAAACUGUAUGAGGACCUUCCCACGAUAUGCUACCUACCGGAAACACGUAACCCGGGCACAUGGAAGCUUGCUAGAAGAGGACGGCAGAAGGCUAUCCCAGGAGCUACCAGCACGUACGGCUGAAGAAGCUACCAGUCCAGACGCAAGCAGGGAAGCCGCCCCUAGCCCGGAUGCCAGCAGGUCGGAGGACCUCGAGCACGCCCAAGAAGGUACAGAGCAAGUCCAGGAAGACGAUGUUAGACAGCUAGCUCUGCUUCUCCUCAGAUGGAGAGCAGGUAGACGUGUGCCAGAAUCCACAGUGGAUGAAAUUACGAGCGAUAUCAUAGCGUAUAUCCAGGGCUUGGUGGAACACAGGCCUGUAGGCGACCUCGAGGAGAGAUUAACAUCUCUUGUGACACAUGAUCUGCAGCCUCUGAAGACCAGGCGUGGCAGGGAACAAUACUGGAAGAACACCUUGCCAUUUAUCGAGCCCAGAACUGUUACCCUUGGUCGUAACGAAGGUGGAAAGGUGGACAAAUUCCACUAUGUUCCCAUACGCGAUGUGCUAAAGCACGUACUGGAUCCCUCAUAUCUGCACGAAGGACAGCAGGCUUCAAAUGCACCAGAUGGUUACUUUUCCAGCAUCUUCGAUGGAGCAGCAUUUAGUGAACAUCGAUAUUUCCGUGGCGACAACUCUAAGAUUUGCAUACAAUUAUACAGCGACGAAUUCGAGGUCUGCGACCCGCUCGGGAGCAAGAGAGGAAAACAUAAGCUGAUGGCAGUGUACUUCUCUGUCCUGAACCUGCCGCAGAAAUCAAGGUCGUCCCUCUCAAGCACUCACCUCGCACUCCUUGUAAAAGACAAACAUGUGGGAGUUUAUGGUCUCGAGAAGAUUCUUGCCCCAUUGAUAGAAGACAUUUCCCUUCUUGAGAGAGAAGGAAUUGAGCUUGAGGGUGAAGUAUUCAAAGGCACGGUGUUUGUAGUCACUGGAGAUAACCUCUCACAACACAGACUGGGAGGGUUCAAAUGUAGCUUUACCCACGGCCGGAUAUGUAGGUUUUGCUUGGCCCUGCGACAUGAAAUUGACACGAAACACCUUGAAACAGACUUCGCCCUCCGUACGCCAGGUGGGCAUCAGCACCAUCUGAGCAUGUUGAAUGCUGUUGUGCCCACAGUCUCACUUUACGGUGUAAAAGAACAAUGCUCGCUCACAUUCUCCGGAUUUGACCCAACGGAACACCUUCCACCUGACGUGAUGCACAACGUUCAUGAGGGGAUCCUUCCAUUCGCAAUGAAGCAUAUCCUUUCUAGCCUUAUUUCCUCCGGCCUGUUCUCGCUUGAUGACCUCAACAAGGAAGUCGUUCGUUUUGACUAUGCUCCUUAUGAUCAGAAGAACAAACCAGAACAGCUAUCCAGAGAAUUUGUAUUUUCAAAGGGAAAUAUGAAAGGGAGAGCAAGUCAAGUGUUUUGCGUUUUCCGCCAUCUCCCGUUCUACGUAGGACAGCGCGUUCCAUCUGACAACCCCGUCUGGAAGUUGUACACUUUGUUGAGAGAAGUGGUUGACGUCAUCAUGAGCAGAGUGAUCCCUGUGCCUCACAUACCAUACUUGCAGCGUCUAAUUCAUUUUUUCCUGAUUGACUUUCACAGCCUUUUCCCUUCGGCACGGGUUCCUUGCAAGUUUCAUUAUUUAGUGCAUUACCUGUCAUUUAUUUACAAGUUCGGUCCUCUCGUUAAUCUCUGGGCUAUGCGCUUCGAAGCGAAGCACCAGUAUGUUAAAGACAUUGCCCGCAAAUGCCGGAACUUCAAAAAUAUUACGCUGACCCUCUCCACAAAGCACCAGUUCCUCCAAAUGUACACCUUUUCACAGAGCAAUAGUCAAUGCGAACUGCGCACUGCAGGCUGCAAGCCAUGCCUCUCUGAGCAUGUGCCAGAUGUCUUGCUAGCGUACAUGAACAGUCAAAACAUUGUUUGUGAGAACAUCUUUGCCGUGAACUCUGCCACCAUUGAUGGAAUCGUGCUGCUUAGAGGCAGCGUGCUUGUGCUUCAGGCUAGUGGUGACGAACUUCCUGUGUUCGCGCAGCUGUGUGACAUUUAUGCUGCGAACCGCGUCUUACUGGGGGUUGCACAGAAGCUGGACACAGUCGAAUUUGACGCGCAUUUUCAUAUGUACACAGUCAGCGUUACUGCGCAGGUAACCGGAAAAUACCACCUUGUUUCCGCGCUUCCCAACAUCGUGUGCGAGUACGACACCACCAAGAACAGAAGCACUGAAAACGAAUUGGAACUGUUCAAUAAAACAAACGGGAAGUCCAUAGUACCCUCCGUGAAAAAGGAGCUCAAAGUCGAGGAUAAAGUGAGGGUCCUACUGCACUGA